AUGACAUUGUUCGGCUACGAUCAAGGCGUGUUCAGCGGUGUGGUGGUGACGCAGGAUUUCCUAAACAUAUUGGACCUGGCUGGCCCAUCCAAGACGCAGGUCCUCUCGACCGUCACGGCCAUAUACGACGUGGGAUAUUUCCUCGGAGCAAUCGUUGCCUUUGGAUUGGGUGAGCGGUUGGGCCGCAAGAAAGCCAUUCUCUGGGGCACGUCUAUCAUGGCCAUUGGGCGCGUCGUCUUGGGCCUUGGAAACGGGAUUAAUACCGCAACAGCACCCAUCUGGCAGACCGAGACUUCAACGGCGAAAUGGCGCGGCAAGCUGGUCAUCCUGGAGAUGUGGACUAACAUUGGCGGCUUUAUGCUCGUUAACUGGAUUAACUACGGUCUGUCAUUCGCAGGCGGGGCCAUUGCCUGGCGAUUUCUGCUUGCACUUCAGUUCAUUUUCAUCUUCAUUUUGUGGGUGACCGUCCCUUGGUUACCGGAAUCUCCAAGGACCCUAUACGAGGACAUCUCUUUUAGCAUCGAGUACGAGCGUCAGAAUGCCAUGCGUUGGCGGGAUAUUUUCCGGCAUCCGGAAGGCAACAAUACCAAGCCCUUACGCCACCUGCUGCUGGGUGCUGGCACGCAGUUCAUACAACAAUUUGAGGGCAUCAACAUUAUGUCGUACUACCUGCCGACGGCACUAGAAAGUGUCAUAGACCUAUCAAACAGCAUGGCACGGCUAAUAUCGGCUGCGAAUGCCAGCGUUUAUUUCAUCUUUUCUGGUGCUGCGGUGCCGCUUGUAGAGCGUAUGGGCCGCCGCGGCUUGAUGAUGAUGUCUACCGCAGGACAGGGGUUGGCGUUGCUGAUCAUCACAAUCCUGCUGGCAAUUACCGAGAGGACUAGUAACUCUACAUACUCUAGCGCAUCGGUUGACUUCUUCUUCGUCUUUUAUAUCUUCUUUGGGUUGGGGAUGUUGGGCGUACCCUGGCUAUAUCCGCGGAGAUCAGCUCGGUUCCCAUGCGCACCAAAACCGUUGCAGUGUCAACAGCAACAAAUUGGCUGUAGGAUUACCAAUUUCGUCAUCGUUGAAAUUACUCCCAUCGGGAUCCAGAAUAUCGGCUGGAAGUUCUGGAUUGUCUGGAGUAUCUUCAACGUUAUCUUUCUCCUAGACAUCUACUUCUUCUAUCCGGAAACAGCCAAUCGCACUCUUGAGGACAUGGACGCUUAUUACAGGUCCAAUCCCUCGCUAGUCGUCUCUUCGGAUCUAGAUGCUAUCUCGGUGAAACGACCGUCCAAGUAUAUCGAGAACGAAGAGGAAAUAAUUAGACAGACCGUUUGUGUAACGGGGAUAUCCGCGAAAGAAAUUGGAGAAGAGGCUUUUGAGCAUGUUGAGGGUGCGUAA